AUGACUAGUCUCACUGCUAAGGACAAAGACGCUGUCAAAGCCUUCUGGGCCAAGGCAGCUACCAAAGCUGAUGACAUCGGACAUGAUGCACUGUGCAGGAUGCUGGCAGUAUACCCUCAGACCAAGACCUACUUCUCCCACUGGAAGGACUUGAGCCCCGGCGCUGCCCCGGUGAAGAGGCACGGAAUGGUUGUGAUGAAAGGAGUUGCUGAGGCUGUGAGCAAGAUCGACAACCUGACUGCUGGUCUCCUGACCCUCAGUGAGCUGCAUGCCUUCACUCUGCGAGUGGACCCUGCCAACUUUAAGAUUCUCUCCCACAACAUCCUUGUGGUCAUGGCCAUCUUGUUCCCCAAUGACUUCACUCCUGAGGUCCACGUGGCUAUGGACAAGUUCCUGGCUGCUUUGGCCCUGGCCCUGUCUGAAAAGUACCGAUAA